AUGACGAGACCGCGUCGCUCCAGCGCCGCGAGCGAGGAGAGCAACGGAACCGCCGGCGAGCAGGAGCUGGGUAGCAUGUACGACUACUUGGCCAAGAUUAUCUUGCUGGGACCGAGCGGGACAGGAAAGUCUUGUCUGCUUCACCGCUUCGUCAAGAACGAAUGGCGAGUCUUAUCGUCCCAAACCAUCGGCGUCGAGUUUGCGAGCAAAAUCAUCAAGGUCGGCACCGGUUCCCGGCGGAAACGGAUCAAGCUACAGCUUUGGGACACGGCCGGCACCGAACGAUUCCGUUCCGUUUCUCGGUCAUACUACCGCGGCGCCGCUGGCGCCAUUCUUGUUUACGACGUCACGAACCACAGCAGUUUCCGCGGAUUGCAACCGUUCCUCAACGAUGCACGCGCCUUGGCGUCACCGAACUUGUCCUGUCUUUUGGUGGGGAACAAGCUCGACCUCGCAUCCGAUGCCCUCAUCGACACGAGCCUGCCGCCGCCAACACCGAGUAGCGUUGGUUCCAUGUCGUACUUUGCAAAUGGCUCUGCAGGAUCGGGAGGGACCAUUCUGCCAUCGCUUGGCACGCAACAGAAGGCCUCCGAGGCACCGGAGGGGCGAGAGGUCAGCAACGCAGACGCAAACAGAUGGGCGAGCACGGUCGGGAUCCCCGUGGUCAUGGAGGCGAGCGCCUUCAACGGCGAGAACGUGGAUGAGAUCUUUGCGAGGCUUGCGAGGAUGAUCCUCACCAAGAUCGAGCUGGGCGACAUUGAUCCGGACGACCCGAUGAGCGGCAUUCAAUAUGGCGAUGGGUAUGGCGGAGGGUGGAACGCUGGCGCCAGCGAUGGGGCAAGCAUCAAGAGUUCCAUGACCGGCGCGACCCUCGACGAGGCGGGCGGCGUACGCAGACGAAAGGGCAGACGAAACACCCGCAGCGGCGCCAACUGGGGGUUGCGUGAUUGGGAAGAGGUGUUUACGUUGACGAACCGACGUAGAGGCGGCAACUGCUGUUGA